ACAACGACUCGGACAUCCAUGGUCUGCAAGAAGUGUGAAUCAAAACUGUCCAAGGUUGCCGCUCCAGAUCCGUUCACCUCCACAUCUCAAAGCGUAAAGGAUGGGUCACGAAGAGUAGGCGAGAACAAGCUACUAAGCCGACCUGGGAGCUCGAAAAACAGAUUUCAGCCGUAUCAAAGCAAAUGCAAGGAUUGUAAGCAGCCGGUAACGCAAAAUAAAGCCAAGUACUGCCAUGGCUGUGCGUAUAAGAAAGGUCUCUGCUCUAUCUGCGGCAAACAAAUAUUGGAUACAACCGGGUAUGUGAUGUCUAGCAAGUAAUCGAAACCUGGUGUGUUGUACAACAAGAUACCACUGUAAUAUGAUAUUUAACAAGAAUGUCGCACCCGUGUUUGAAACGUGAGCGCAAGGAUUAAUUCAUGACUAUCAAGGAGGUGCUAGCUAUCAUGAUUCAUGCACAGUCUUCCCUGUGUGCUUCUCGUGUGGGGUCGGUCGCAAUCGACGCUUGGCUUCAGAGUCCAGGUG